GUUUUAAAUACUAAAAAAAGACAAAGGAUUAUAGAAUACUGGCCAAUCAUAUCAGGAAAGGUGCUAGGUUAUAUAAUCCCAAUUUGAAAUCAAGAUACUAGAUAAGGAACAAAUUGGGGAUUAUUAUUUACUUCAUCAAAUGUGAAAGUGAAACAGAUUACCUGCACUUCUCAGGCUACAGGUGAGUAUAGACAAGUAUAUAUAACUGUGAAAUUAGUGAAUGAUAUAUUACAGCUUAACAAAGCAUCCUAGGAUGUUUAGUUGAUAUUAUCCUACUAAUUUCAAAAAGACUUAUACUCCUAAAUGUGUAUAACAGAUUUUAGUUAAAUAUACAUAAAAGAACAAUGAUCAUUCUCUACAGGACUGAUUGAUGAGGCAUUAUUUCGCCAGCCAUUGAGUGGACAGAAAACAAACUUUCCCAACGUGGUAGAUGCCUUCUAAAAUAAAAAUUGAAGGGAUCCGAAUUUUCGAAAUGAAGUCAGCUGUAUUUCAUAUACCACCUAAUAUAUUGUAAUAUAUUACAGGUACCACAUAAAGUAACUGUAAGCGUAAGUAUAAUAUAAUAAAAGUGUUACCUGUUGGUUAUGUCCAUUUUCAAGAAUUGGCCUAUGUCAAUAAAAAUGUCCAUUUAAUUAAUCUGUGACCUAGGAGGGGAACAAUCCCUUGGGGACGCACGAAAGACCUUUCCUAGCAGUCCCGUAGAUGGAACUUCGCAUACCUCAACAGCAAAGCGCGAUCCAACAGCCCACGCAGGUUUUGCAGCAGAGUCUUGUGUCUGCAGGGGGCAGCAUAGAGCAGGGGUGAAGCGAACGCACCAUUCCCCGCCACCCUAUGUGACGUCAAAUGGGGGUCUCCAGGCAACUGGACUCCAAACAGCGCGGCUGCGCUUCCUUCGGCCUUGGUAGCGCGGAGGGCGAUCAGCCAGGUUCGGGCAGCAACACCAGCCCUGAGGCGGCGGGGGGCGCGGCUGGCAGGACCCCUACAACUAUGGCGCUACCGCUCCUGCCCGGGAACUCUUUCAACAGGAAUCUAGGAAAAGAAAAGUUCCAUAAGUCUCAACAUUGGAGUUACUGCAAUAAGGUUUCUAUGUUGGUGGGAGAAGACAAACCUGGAAUAGGAGGAGAACCUUUGCUUGGACAAAAACUAAAACCAAAGUAUAGUGCAUUUCCUAGAGGUGUUGGAAGUGAUGCACCUUCAUGGGUAGCAUUUGAUAAACAGGUAUUGUCUUUUAGUGCUUAUUUUGAUGAAGAAGUUCCUGACAAAAAUCAAGAGCUGUAUAGAAUAAGACAUUGUAAAAUAUAUUUCUAUCUUGAAGAUGACACAAUUCAGGUUGUUGAACCCCAAGUGAAGAAUAGUGGAAUUCCACAAGGAACACUUCUUAGGCGCCAUCGGAUUCCACUCCCGCCUCCUAAUGAAGAUCAGUUUUAUACUGUUGAUUAUUUCAACCUUGACACUGAUGUCAUAUUUUAUGGCCAACGAUACAAAAUUAUAGACUGUGAUCAGUUCACAAAAAAUUUCUUGAGAAAGAUGGGAGUCAAAGUAAAUCCCCCAUUGGAACAUCCUGAUGAUCCCUAUACGAAAGGACGCCAGAAGUUGAUAGAUAGUAUGACACCAUUGCGUCCCUAUGAGCGCUUUGAUACACUUCGUCAGUUUCUGGAACAUGAGGGACAUGUUUUACGUUUUUACGGUGUUUGGGAUGACACUGAAACAAUGUUUGGGGACAUUCGAGAAGUGGUGCUACAUUAUUUUUUGGCUGAUGAUACGAUUGAAAUAAAAGAAGUGAUACCUAUAAAUUCUGGCAGGGAUGCUGUACCUCUAUUCCUCAAUAGACAGAAACUACCAAAGUUUGCUCCAGUUGGAAUAUAUCAGCCUGGUACAAUUACAGAUCGAACAGUUUUGAAUGUGCUUGGAGGACUAGUUGGGAAUAAAGGUCGUUAUAUUCUGGAUAAUCGUAAGACAGGAGCAGUGUAUCAGGAAUUUUAUAAAGACUGUGACCUGAGAAUAGGAGCAACAAUCAAUGUUUGGGGACGAAAAAUAAUUCUCUGUGAUUGUGAUGAAUUUUCCAAAGAAUAUUAUAAAACAAAGUAUGGAGUCAAGGAUUUUACUCCAGUUCCAUACAAGACAGCACCUUCUCUGAAAAUAGAAAGAGUUAUUCCUCCAUAUAGUGGUUUUGGAUCUGAAGAAGACUCUCUUUGCUCUUGCCUUAGCUUACUUCCUAAACCUCCCCAAAAGGACUUCAAGAAAUUCAUGGAAAAAGACAGACAAGGCCUUGAAAGCAAUAUUUUGCGGUUCCUUGCACAACAUAUUACUUCUGAUCCCAUCGCUAAGGAUCGGAAGUUCAUUAUUUCUUAUUUUCUAAGUGAUGACACAAUAUCAGUGUUUGAACCUCCUCAAAGAAAUACAGGAGUAAUUGGUGGGAAAUUCUUGGAAAGAAGUCGCAUUAAAAAGCCUGGGCAAGAGCUUUAUAAAAGUGAGCCAUCUGAAUACUACACAGCUAAGGACCUAUUUGUUGGAGCCAAAGUGUGUUUCCAUGGCCACGUCCUCCUUUUGGUGGAUGCUGAUGAAUAUGCUUUCAACUACAUGGAGAAGCAUGCAAAUGAGUAUGCUAUGGCCAAUAUCAAUGUAAUCCUGAACAAAUUGAAAGUUAUAGGAGAGCCUCGGUCAAGAGAGAUUAAACAGAUUUUUGCAGCCGCUGAUCCUCAGAACACUUACAUGAUUGAUUAUGAUGAGUUCAGAAAUGUGUUAUUGAAUAUCUCAGAUGGAAAAUUAUCAGAACAUGAAAUUAUGACUAUUGGACGAUAUUACAGCGUAAGAGAGGAGAAUGAAAUGGAUGCCACUUAUCUUCUGGCAGUGUCCCAGGAAAAUCUCAAGAAAAAUAAUUUUGAAAAUUUUGGCCAGUUGUUGGCAGCCUUGGCAUACAGUGAUCGGGAAAAAUGCGGACUGCUGGCCAGUGACAAGUGCAGGACUGUUUGCAAAUCCUUCAGGCUACCAUUAGCAGAUGAUCUUCUACGUGCUUUACUGGCUGCGUGUGAAGAUUGCAAAGAACAUGUAAAUUAUAAGAAAUUGAUUGAUGGGCUGAACUGGAGAGAGCACCCAAUUCCAGCUUUCCAAACCAUCCUGAUGCCAUUGCAGUAUGAAGAUGGAUGGAGUGGGGAGCCCCCAGCACUUCCAGUGAAAAAAAUAAAAUACCUACCAUUAAUAGAAGAUGUCUUUGGCAGCAAAGAUUAGCCUUAGUCCAUACAUCAUACUUCUUAUGGUUAAACAUUGCAACUUUCUCUUUCUGGACAGUUACUGCAUAUUUUUA